AAGUUUAAAAUCUACUUCCUGAUCAGGAAAUAUGGCUUUUCUGGGUUUUUUUCCGGAAGGGUGCAGGUCACAGACUGGCGUAGAAAAGACAAUUUUCUCGGUAAAAGAUGUCGCAAAAUAAUUUAUAAACUUAAUCAUGAUGAAAAUAAUAGAAAGGAUAGUUUGAAAUUGAUUGAAAAUGAUUAAUGCCUAUUUAUAGACCAUAGUGUCAUCAAUGUUUUAAGGAAAUGUUUUACGACCAUUUGAGGUUGCGAAUGGUUUUCGCUAGUCAGGCAGACGAUAGUUUUAGUCAAAUGUAACUGAAAGCUUUUUAAGACUAGUUGAGAUUCUUAGGCUUGACGUGAAAAAAGUUCGCUGACCAGAAUCACACUUUGCAAGAGAGCUUUCGACAUAUACAGUUGCUGAAAAGACGAAGGCUGUAUAGACUUACGGAAGACAAUAACCAGCAGGGAAAAUGGAGACAGUCAGUGUGACUCAACUGAUGUCAGAAACGGACAUAAUUGACAGUUUGUUUCAUACCUGCGAUUCGGAAAAUGUGGGAACUGUUCCGGUGUCUUCCCUGAUAACUUACCUCGAGAGAGUCACGGACAUGCACCAGAAGCACAAGAAAGCGGUGCAAACUCUCUCAGAAUGUCUUGAUCCUCUGGGCCUGGAUGCUGAUGUGGACCUCGAGACCUACAGGCAAGGCAUGCAUAGGUGGAUUGAGCGACUUCGGUGCGACCACAUAAGGGAUUCUGGUGUAGAGGAAGAGGUAAUGCCACAGAACAAAAUUCUUAGUGCGAGCAUGCAGAUUGCUGUUUGCUCUCCACAGAAUAGAGUCAGAGAGUUUGGAAUUAUGUCCUUGGCCUAUCCUGUUACCCAACACAACAGCAGCGAGUUCAAAGAGAGAGACACUGCAGACUUGCAAGAGCAAAUGGAGGAGUUACAGAACACUAUCCGUCGGCUGUCUCAAGAAAACAACAAACUACAGGCGCAAUUGGAUGUUCACGAGGACUCCAUAACGGCUCUAAAUGAGGAGAAAGCCUCCCUGAUGGAGAAAAUUCACAGACUGCAGGAGGUUGUUGAAUUACAGUCAGAAAUAGUGGCAGAAAAUGAAGAGCUAAAAGCCACGGUUAUCAGAUAUCAAGAUCAGAUCAAGGACUUCGAGCACAACAUUAAUCGAAAGGAGAAAGAGAACAUCGCACUUGCCACUCAGCUGUCAGAGUGUGAAGCACAGCUAUCGAAAGUAAAUGAAGAAGAAGAGACAUCUCAACAAUUAGUAAAAGAUCUGAAGGCGUCGUUACAGAAUCUCAAGGCAUACUUUCAGAACAUUUUUGAGGCAAAGAGAUCUCAUGAAAUAGAACUAGCAAGCGAGCUGAAGGCAAACAAUAGAGAACUACUUCUGCGGCUCGCACACCUGCAGCAGAAUCUUAACAGUUUGCAGCAGCAGAAUCAACAGCAGAGUGGCCUGUUGGCACCAACUCGCUCUCACAGCAGCGACAACAGCGACGAGGAUGGCGUGAUUUUGACCUCACACCCAGGGUCCACAUCUGGGAGUACUCGGUCCAGCACUUCUGCCUCAAUUCACUCAGAGAUCAAGGAGCUAAGACAGCCGCUGGUGUGCCAGUUGCCAUUGUGUGCGAAGGAGCAGAAAGAGAUGCUAGAUGGUGGGGUCACAGUCUUCUCGACAUCCGGCGAUCAGACAGAGGUACCCGGCUUUGUGGACGAUUUUGAGCACGCCAUCGAUUCCAUUUUAGCUACCAUUCCUGAGGACGUCCUCGAUGUGAGUGAAAGUCCAAGAUCGAUCGUAAGGGGACUAGAAAACAGUUCUCAAGUAGACCUGCCUGAAAAUGUCGCCAGAAGUUCCUCACAGGACAGAGGGAUUAUGAAAGAUGCAUCGAAGGAUGCCACAUUUUCUCACAACAGCGCUACAAGUUUCAGACUGCGAAGAUUUUUUGCCCUGAUUAAGGGCUUGAAAGAGGAAAACGAGCGUUUACGUCAGAUACAUGACGGCGUGCUGAAUACCAUGCUGAGUGAUCCGAGUAGCGAGGGCUCUGUCGUGACACCCGACUCCCGUGUCGUCGUAUUGCGAGAUUUACUAUUAGAGGAACGCACGCAGAAAGUUCAGCUCCAACAACAGGUGAAAUUGCUCAAAAAUAAAUGUAGUCUUUCACAUUCUGAUCACGAAGACGCAGGAUUCAAAUAUCAAGAAGACAUACUGGCACUCCAGCUACAAAAAAUACAACAGCUCGAAAAGUCCAACCUGCUGCUUUCCGAGAAAUAUCACAAAGCAGAAUUAAAGAUCACAGAUUUGCAAGAGGAAGCAUUGCAAGCCGCUUUCAAACUCGAGAGAGAAAAGAGCCGAUGUGCCAAACUGGAGGAUUCACUAAGCACUUCUACACUCGCCCGGCAACUGGACCUCAGAGACAUCUGGAGGUUGGUUCAGAAGGAUGUGGAAACAGAAUACCUUGACUUCCACGAGGACAGUGGCAUAUCCUCUUCCACAGAGGAACUCAAAGAAAAGAUACUUCAAGAGAUUAAGGCCCGUCAAGAUGAACUUGGUGUUCAACAUGAAACCCAUAAAAUCUUGAGUGUCAGUCAUCCCUUUGGGUCUCCCAAAAAAUCGUGCAGUCAUAGCAAGACAAGAACUCGGUGCUGUGACAGAAGUUUAUCGUCUGGCAGCUCUCCUCUCGUCGAUGCUCUUACAAUUGACUUCUUCAAUGGCAACUAUUACCCAAUGGCCAAGAAGUCACAAGUAUCAGACCCCUAUCUUAACUACCUUCGUAUGUCCUGCGAAGACGUGGACUGCAUGGCUUGCCGAGCCGUUCGACUGGGGUUGGAGUUUCACGGCAUGUCCUCCUGCCCCUCUCUUCAGCUCAAGUUUGGCCACGACAGAGUCGGCCUCAACGCAGCGACGACCUUGGAUUACAACUUCAACUCCAGAUCCAAUUUUUCCCCGAACAUGGCAAGCCACACCAUGGUAGGUACGGACGGUAGUCAGUUGAACUACAGGCAGAACGCGGUGCCAGUUCUCACUUCAACCACUUCUUCCCCUGCUCAACACAGAAGGCUGGAGUUCGUGAGGUCUUGCGAGCGCUGGACCAGCGGCACUACGGACAGCGUGACAUCCACCAGCAUGGACAGCAACUCCAACUCCGACGUCUCUUCCUCCCGGGCGCUUCCUUGCGGUGGUGUGUGCGCACCUAGCGCCUGGCCAAGAGAGCGAGCUAACAAUGAACAGGCCAAGCCCGCUUCUUGUGCUGGCCAGAGUUCCCCAGCAGGCUUCCGCCGCAUGAGCUUCUUGGCUGCCGUGGACAAGUCUGAGAGCGAGCGACACCGGCGACCCAGCUACCGAGCGGCUAUAGACCGCAGGUUCUUAGGUCUGGAUGGUGGGGCGACGGUUGUAGACAACCACCUGGACAGGAUGGAGGGACACGGGCAGGGAGAUGGUCCCCAAACGUCAGGCGGGAGGACAGAAAAUAAGAGCGUGACCUUUCAGCUGGAGGGCAACUAUAGUUAUGCCCACAUCCACGGUAACCAGCACGUCCCUUCUUCGAGCAAUGUCCUCCACUCGGACGUGGACAGCUCGGCCACCUGGAUAUCUAUGUCUGCUCCAUCAGCCAGAGCCGCGGGCGGUCAGGUGAGAAAGCUGUCAAUCCUUGUAGAGGAAGAUGGAGAAGAUGUAUCCAGGUCACCUGACAGAAUGAGUCCAUCCUCCCCGCGGGUCAAGUGUCCCUCUCCUCUGAGAAAGUACGCACCUGCUGUAUUAGACAGAAUGACGUCAGUGAAAGUGGCCAUUGUGCUCAUCUGAUAUCUUCAGCAGAUAAAGUAGCAACAGAACAACGGGCAUCUCCGAUACCACCGUGGCAGUCUGAUUGGCAGGACCCGCAGUUUGUGAAUUCAUCGUCUGCUGUGAUUUUUGACGAGGACAUGAAUGGCGGGGAUGACUACCAAGUAUGCGGCGACGAGAGAAUGCCAGCUCAC